ACAUUGAUCGAACAUCAACAAGUCUGAAAAAAAUCCUCGAAAAAAGUGACUUUACUUCACGUACGUGUCCCUUUUUCGACAUUUUCCUGCAUUUAUUUAGCUACUAAGUGCUUUGGCAAUCAAUGGCAGCUCAAUUUUCAUAAGAUUCACGCAGAAAUCUCGCAUCACAUUCCAUCACAUCUGACAAAAAAUGUAAAUAGAAAAUAAGAAGACAAAAAUUUAGCGAAAAAAAAAAUUAUAUUAAACAUGGAAUUUAGCUUCCUGUUGACAAAACAAUGCAUUUUAUUGAAUUUCUUGUUGCUUGUAUUGAUGUUACCUCGAUGUUGUUCCGAUAAGGCUGAUUAUGGAUCUGCUCAAUUAAAUAGUAGUGAUAAGGAUGACGAAACGGGUCCGGAUUCCAAGAAAUUAAGUCAAGAUUAUUCGUACGAUCCAAACUUUGUGGCGCCCAAUUUUGGUCCCGUAACUGCAGUUUGUGUGGAUAAAUUGAAUAAUUUGCAUGUCAUGUACCGUCGGAGUCGUAUCUGGGAUGCUUCAACGUUCGACGGGCAAAAUCGCUUUGUCGAUAUCCAGCAGGGACCCAUCAAAGAAGACGUUAUUUAUACUUUAGAUCGUGAAACAGGCGCCGUUCUGAAGGCUUGGGGCAAAAAUUUCUUCUAUUUGCCUCACGGAUUGACAGUCGAUGAGAACAACAAUGCAUUUGUGACUGACGUUGCGAUGCAUCAAGUGUUCAAAUUUGCGUUAAACGUCUCAACGGAACAUCCCGUCUUGACUCUCGGAGAAGCUUUCAAACCCGGGCAGAGAAAUCGCUUUUGCAAACCAACUUCCGUCGCUGUUCUCGCUGAUGGCACAUUUUUCGUCGCCGAUGGUUAUUGCAACUCGCGAAUUGUGCAGUACACGAAGGAAGGCAACUACUUGCGACAUUGGGGCGAAAGUUCAAUCUCCGGAGAAGCAGUUCAUCCGGCGCCUGAGGGAAAAUUUUUCAUCCCACACGCGUUGACACUCAUCCAAGAAGCGAAUAAAGUCCCCUUGUUAUGCGUUGCUGAUCGCGAAAAUGGUCGAGUGCAGUGCUUCAACGCCAAUACGCAAACUUUUGUCACGCAAUUUCACAAUCCCAUCAUCGGGGCGCGCAUUUUCAGCGUUGCUUAUGCCAAAAAUAAACUUUUUGUCGUAAACGGGCCCGAAUACACGAACAACGACGUCAGCGGAUACGUCAUCGAUGUCGACACAGCCAAAGUUACCUCGAAAUUCGACAUUGACGAUGCCAAAGGAGGACUUGCCAACCCCCAUGAUUUGUCUGUGACACCUGAUGCCAUGGAAAUUUUCGUUGCUGAACUCGAUCCCCAACGUUUAGUUAAAUUUGUCUACACAAAUGGCACGAACAAAGUCAUCCGGAAAAAUAUUGCAUCAAUUCUUCCAGAAAGAGACGAAAACGGAAUAACGAUCCAACAUGACGCGACUUUGAUUCUCGUAACAGCAAUGGUUUUCUCGUUUUGCAUCAUGGCAGCCGGGAUUGUGGUACUUAACAUGAAAAGACGUCGCAGCAGAGGUUGUUUUCAGGAAUCUCGCAAAUCGCAUGGAUGGGAAAGACCCAAAUCGAAGCGAGGACAACAAUUUAAGCUUUCCAACAUUCUAAACCGCAAAGAAGGAUUUCUCGAAUUAGACCAAGAAGCGAGCGAUGAUGAACAUACGUCAUCGUCUUCGGGCAAAUUAUUGGGAAAAAAGUCCGAAUCGCCUCUCUUGAGCGAAGAAUUAGCCUAAAAUUUAAUAUUAUUGCACUUUCGUAACUAUUUCUAUCCUCUCACCCUUUAUUAUUAUUUGAUCUCCACAAAUUAUUACUAAAUAUUAAUAAAAAU